AAUAAAUGAAAAUCUAUACAAGUCAGGUGACGAGCCCUUGUGACAGUUCUUGAAUUACUAAAAAUUCAUAAAAAUAAAUUAAAACCACAUAAAAAUGGCCCUACACGCAGCUGUUAAAGGAAAAUUGAUCAGUGUCAUCGGUGAUGAGGAUACAUGCGUUGGAUUUUUACUGGGUGGCAUAGGUGAAAUCAACAAAAACAGACAUCCCAAUUUCAUGGUGGUUGACAAAAACACAGCAGUUAGUGAAUUGGAGGAUUGUUUUAAGAGGUUCGUGAAGCGUGAUGACAUCGACAUCAUCCUCAUCAACCAGAAUGUGGCAGAGCUGAUCAGACAUGUCAUCGAUGCGCACACGGCGCCCGUGCCCGCUGUGCUCGAGAUACCAUCCAAGGACCACCCAUACGAUGCCAGCAAGGACUCCAUUCUACGUCGUGCCAAGGGCAUGUUCAACCCAGACGACUUGGUACGCUAAAAAUAGUUUAAUGCAUGUUUUUGUCGAUAUUUACCACAACUGGCAUCUGUAUAUACGCCUACCAACAGAAACUAACCACUAAUGUUAUGGACGUAAGUCUGUUUUUUGUGUGCAAUUUAUAACUAAAGCAGUUUGAAUCUAAUACAUUCCACAACCAAGAUAAGUUUAUUUUUUUUCUGUUUAUUUUUUUCUGAGACUAUGAAUAUGCCAGAUUGUUAUUAAAUUAUUAAUGUAAUACAGAAUCUUGUAUAGUAUUGUUGAAGUUGUAUUAUCAUAUUGUAUUCUAGAAUAUAAAAUACCACCAA